AUGUCUUGCUACGACCUGUGCCCACCGAAAACCGGCGUCGCCGUCCCCCAGCCCAUCGCCGAGAGCUGCAACGAGCUGUGCGCCCGGCAGUGCCACGACUCGACGGCCUUCAUCCAGCCGCCCCCCGUCGUCGUCACCUUCCCCGGCCCCAUCCUCAGCUCCUUCCCCCAGCAAGCCGUGGUGGGCUCCUCCGGAGCACCCGCCUUUGGGGGCAACCUGGGGCUGGGAGGCCUCUACGGCGCCGGCGCCACCCUGGGCUCGGGGGGCCUCUGCACCUUUGGCAGACCCUAUGGCUAUGGGAUUUCAGCCUUUGUCAUGUUUAGCAGCGGGAACUGCACCCCAUACUCCUCACGCCAGUACAGCCAGUUCCUCCACAGCAGCUGUGGGCCAUGCUAA